GUGGAAUAUGUCAUCUAGUUUUUAACUUUGUAACCUUUUCGUUGACGUAUUAAUAAUUACAUUGGAGUUAUAAUGUAUAGUGAUAUGGUACAUGAUCUUUACGUGUCGUUAAUCGGUUAAAAAUAUAUAAAUAUCGAAGCUCAGUCUCACAAAAGCUUUAAGGAAGUGCUAACAAGUUAGCUUUGACUGUUUCGUUAUCUAACUUUAUUUUUGUAUAAAUAACUAACUUUUAAUUUAUAAUAAACUUUUUUGAAAAGAAUACAUUAAAAUGGUCGUUAUUUCUUGCAGGUAAUGUCAGUGUCUUGCCAAGAAUAUUGUUCAUUUCCACUGUUAUUAACCAGGCCAAGGUUCGAAGAUCAAACCGUGAAGUUAUUAAUAAAUGUCAUGUCAUGACAACAAUGUUCAUUAGUUCUGUUAAUAACAGAAAACCGCAUCUUACAUAGUCUCAGAACAGAGAUGGUUUGUAAAAAUAUAAGACAAAAUAACUUUUUCUGCUGCAUAUUACUGCCAAUGUUAAAAAGCACGAUCGGAUUGGAUUCAUUUCCAGUUUUCCAGACACAAAUUAAUUUCUCCUCGUAAGAAGACGAUAGUGAGACCAACAUCUGAAACAUCAGCAUCAUGUUCCACGGGAUAGCAGGCAGUGGAGGAGUCGGGUCAGCUCCAGCUAACAAACCUGAGUUGUAUGAGGAAGUUAAACUGUACAAAAACGCACGGGAACGAGAAAAGUACGACAACAUGGCCGAGUUGUUUGCUGUUGUAAAGACCUUGCAGGCAUUGGAGAAGGCUUACAUCAAAGACUGCGUAUCACCCAGCGAGUACACGGCUUCCUGCUCCAGACUCUUGGUUCAGUAUAAAGCUGCUUUCAAACAGGUGCAAGGCUCUGACGUGGGCUCCAUCGAUGAAUUCUGCAGGAAGUACAGACUUGACUGCCCACUUGCAAUGGAGAGGAUUAAGGAAGAUCGACCAAUUACCAUUAAAGACGAUAAGGGCAACCUGAACCGUUGCAUUGCAGAUAUAGUUUCUCUCUUCAUCACUGUUAUGGACAAGCUGAGACUGGAGAUCAGAGCCAUGGAUGAGAUCCAACCAGAUCUUAGAGAGCUGAUGGAAACCAUGAACAGGAUGAGCAACAUGCCUCCAGACUCUGAGGCAAAGGACAAAGUGAACCUCUGGUUGACCACCCUUAGCAGCAUGUCUGCCUCAGAUGAGCUGGAUGAUAACCAGGUUCGCCAGAUGCUCUUCGAUCUGGAGUCAGCCUACAACGCCUUCAACCGCUUCCUUCACUCUUCCUAAAGCUUCUGUCUAACAUAGAUCUUAACUUUUGGAACUCUGGUUAAGUUAAAAAUAAAACGCUACUUUUCCCUGCUUGUUCCGGCACGUAGUGAACUUAUAUCUGAACAGUUUUUCAGUCACUCUCUUGCCAGUUUCUGUAAGUCUAGUUUUUGUUAUUUUAUUAGGUUUGGUGCAGUUUACAUUCCACUGCCUUGUAAUAUCCCCUGUUUCUGGUACAUCAUGCUGCCUACUGCCUUCUGCCUCUUUUUGGCUCUUUGUGUUUGGCCAUGUCAGGGCAGUUUACAAGUUUGGCAAAGCAUUAACCAAGAAUCGUUUCUGAGAAAAGUUCAGCAGCCGAAGUCGAUACAUUACUUUAAGAGUAUCCUGUAUGUGUUUUAAAGCUUUUGGGUUUGUUCUGUUUGUCUUGUUUCAUCUCAUAUUGAUUCUUUCUGUGUGUGGGUCCUCUAAAAGCAUUUGCAGAUGGAAAAGAGCAGUCUCAGGCUGCUGUUCUUAUAUUUUAUCACUUUUCAGCAAAAAAAAAAAAAAGAUUAAAUCGUAUCUGGUGAUUAUUUAACUUCUCAUCUAUUUAACUAUAACAUUGAUGCUUAGUGGAAAGGAUUUAUUUUGAUCACAUAUUUUUCUCAUCCUGUAACAUGUCUAAUCCAUUUUUUUUUUUAGAAGGAAGAGUUAGUGAAAUUUACAGAGAAAAACUCAUGUUGCUGGCUAAAUAUGUUUCAGCCUUGAAACACCAUUGAGGAGGACAUAUUUAUUAAAAUGUAUCAUUGUAUAUAGUAGUGUUGAUUUUUAAAUAAAAGCAUGUAACACCUUUAUAGAAAUAAAGUUUAAAAAAAUCUCA